AAAAGUAGAAUGUAAACAAACCGAGUCAUUCUACAGGGUGAGAUAACACGCUACACAAUAAUAAUAAUGCUUGCUUUUUCAGGACAUUAGAAAACUCUGUUUUGGAAGAUUCGCCGUUGAUAUGAAAAGUUACAACUAAUUCCACGGAUAGUAUAAUAUUAUGACGAAAAGAAUGGUAUCUAUAGCAACAGAUAUUACCUCUAGAUUGACGUUAAACGAUGGAGUAUGUAUGCCAAUGUUUGGUCUUGGGAUGUAUGAAGCAUCUUCCGGGAGCGGAGGAGUGGCAGAAAAAGCAGUCGAGUAUGCCUUAUCGAAAGGAUAUCACCUAAUAGAUACCGCAGAAUUUUAUGGGAAUGAAGCCGAUGUCGGAAUGGGUGUAAAGAAAUCCGGAUUAAAUCGAGAAGAUAUAUUCGUUGUCACCAAGUUGUGGGAUAAUGGAUUCAGUCGGUGUAAGAAAAUAUUCAACCGAAGCUUAAAAAUGCUUGAUUUACAGUACGUAGAUCUGUAUCUGAUACAUUCACCAAGUAGUGGUCAAGUAGUGGAAACAUACAAAGCCAUGUUGGAGUUAAAACAGAAAGGCCUUGUCAGAUCAGUAGGUGUUUCUAACUUUGGGGUUCAACAUUUGGAGGGUCUAGAAUCAGCUGGGCUUCCAACACCAUCAGUGAACCAGAUUGAACUGCAUCCAUGGCAACAGAAACCGGAAAUAGUGAAAUACUGUCGAGAUAAGGGAAUUACAGUAAUGGGAUAUUCUCCUCUGGUUAAAGGACAAAGAUUUGAUGAUCCUACUCUGGUGAAAAUUGCUAACAGGUACAAGAAAUCAGCAGCACAAAUCCUUAUUAGAUGGAGUAUACAACAUGGAUUUAUUACCAUACCAAAAUCUGGAAAAACAAAUCGAAUAGAUGAAAACAUGAAAGUGUUUGAUUGGGCUAUAGCGGAUGAAGAUAUGGCUGUCUUAAACAGUUUCCCUGACAAGUCAUGUACCUGGAAUCCUUGUAAAAUGCCUUGGACAGGCUAAAAAAGAUGUUAUUAAACUGAUAUUGUUUAAAGUAUAGUUUAAUAUGUAUAAUUUGUAAUUUUGAAUUUAGAGUUAAUAAACUACUAUUCAA